UAGUGUCACAAAAGUAGUAGUCUUAGGCAUAGUUUACUUAAAUAUUCUUUAUAAGUAUUUAAAGUAAGGUACAAAGUGAGUUCUGAGUGGUGACCUCUACAUGUGACUAUAAUCAAUGUCAAUGACAUAGAUACAUCAUACAAUUAAUAAUAAAUUUGUUAGAGCACUCGUGCUUCAAGAUGUCUGCUAAUAUUAACAAAGAUUUGGUGCGGGAAAGAGAAAAAUGUACUUUUGAUAGACAAGAACUAAUUCAUAUAAUUGAUGGGGGUGAAGAGAAGACACUGAUGAGAAAGAGAGUGGAAAAUUUGGUUCUUAGCGUAAAAGACUUAAACGAUGAGAUACCUGAAGAUUAUCUCAGUCAUAAAGAAAAAUAUGAGAACGGAAUUCGGAAAGGCUGUAUAAUGUUCGAUGUAUAUCUUCAACUCACUGGUGAUAAUCCUCAUAAAGAAGAUCGCUCACCCUCAAAUAUUUAUCGAAUCCACGAAGGUGUCUUAAAGCAAGUCAACCCAUUUCUAUUACAUUUUGGUUUAUUUGUACCAACGAUCAUGAAUCAAGCGAAUAGCGAACAGCAGGCUGAAUGGUUAAAAAAAGGUUCAAAGAUGAUAGGCACUUAUUCUCAGACUGAGCUCGGUCACGGCACUUUUCUUCGAGGAUUAGAAACAACUGCUACGUUUGAUCCUGAAACAGAUGAGUUUAUAUUGAAUAGUCCUACAUUAACCGCAUACAAAUUUUGGCCUGGUGGAUUGGGCCAUACGUGUAAUGCUUCUAUCGUAAUGGCUCAACUCCACAUAAACGGAAAGUCUCUUGGCAUUCACCUUUUCCUUGUACAAAUUAGAGAUUUUGAAACACAUGAACCUUUACCUGGUAUUAAAGUUGGAGAAAUUGGACCUAAAUUGGGUUUUAACACUGCUAAUAAUGGUUUCCUUGGAUUUAAUAACUGUAGGAUACCGAGGAAGAAUAUGCUCAUGAAAAAUGCCCAAGUUUUACGAGACGGUACUUACAUAAAAUCCAAGAACGAUAAGCUCACAUACGGUUCUAUGGUGCUUAUACGAGUGCACAUAUUAACGGAUGUAGCAUAUGAGUUAGCCCGAGCUGUGACGAUAGCCAUCCGCUACUCAGCCGUUAGACAUCAGUCCUUGUUGAAGAAUGGUGAACCCGAAGCUCAAGUACUGGAUUAUGUGACGCAGCAGCAUAAGCUAUUUAUAUCAAUAGCUUCGAGCCAUGCCUUCCGAGUUAUGGGUCAAUGGCUGUGGAAAACUUACACAAAGGUCAUGGCUGAAAUCGCUGAAGGGAACAUGGACCAACUGCCGGAGCUGCACGCGUUGUCGUGCUGCCUGAAGGCGGUGUGCAGCUACGACGGCGUGCAGGCCGUGGAGCGCUGUCGGCUCGCGUGCGGCGGUCACGGCUAUCUUCUGUCGUCCAACCUGCCCGGCGUGUACGGCCUCGUGGCCGCCAGCGUCACCUACGAGGGCGAGUACACAGUGCUGUUGCUGCAGACGGCCAGAUAUCUAGUAAAGGCAUGGAAUGGUGCAAUAAAUGGUAAAACAUUACCAUCAGGUAUAGCUUUCUUAUCAGAUUAUUUCAACAAAAACUCUCGCAUGUGGGACGAUUCACCAGAAGCUAUUAUUGAAGGAUUUAAAGCUGUUGCCGCAGGAAAAAUAAAGGCAGCUUUUGACUCACUUCAAAGUCACGUAGACAAGGGUCGGGAGUUCGAAGAUGCCUGGAAUUUGAGUUCAGUUCAACUAACUGCUGCUAGUGAGGCGUACGCGCGUUAUCUUUUAUGUGAUGUAUUUUGGUCCGAAACUAAGAAAAUGACAAAUGUAUCUAAUAAUCUAGCCGUUGUGCUUCUGCAGUUGGCUGAAUUGUAUUUGGUAUAUUGGGCCUUGGAAAAAAGUGGCGAUCUUUUAAUGUAUUCGACGAUAUCGAAGAAAAACAUAGACAAUCUUCAAAGUCGAUACGAAGAACUGCUCGGUCUCAUAAGACCGAAUGUCGUUGGACUUGUCGACUCCUUCGACAUUAGGGACGAGAUCCUGUGUUCGACUCUUGGUUCGUAUGACGGUCGCGUAUACGAGAGAUUGAUGGAAGAAGCCGCCAAGAGUCCACUCAAUAAUCAAAUCGUCAACGACACUUUCCAUAAAUAUAUAAAACCUUUAAUGAUAAAACAUAAACUAUAAAAUACUUGGUUUUGAAGAAAUUUAUAUAUUUUUUUGUUAAAUCGAAGCAUUAUUUUUACAAACGACCUUUUUUUAAUUAAUAAAAUUUAUGUA